AUGGAUGCAGUUGAGGGUUCUAACUCAAAAAUUGCUACAUGGUCUUUUGAGAUAUCUCACUACUAUUUGAAGCGUCUUCUGCAUCAACAAGAAAGUGAGAAGAAUGGAGAUAAUGGAAGUGCCGGUAGUACUUCUGUUAUUGUGCCUUUCAGACAUGUUUCUGUUUCUUUGUUGAUUCGGAAACGCUUACUCGAUGUUAUCAGACAUGAUUACUCAAUAAGCAUUAAUUCUUUUCUGACAUAUUACCUGAAUAUUUUGCAGGUAUUGGAUGAGGCUGAUAGGCUUCUAAAUGAGGAUUUUGAGAAAACAAUUGAUGAGAUCUUAAAGGCUAUUCCCCGAGAACGGAAUACCUAUUUAUUUUCAGCUACUAUGACUAAAAAGGUGCGAAAGCUCCAAAGAGCAUGUUUGAGAAACCCUGUGAAGAUAGAAAUAGCAUCUAAGUAUUCCACUGUUGAUACACUAAAGCAGCAAUACCGCUUUGUACCUUCUAAGCAUAAGGUAAGUCCCUUCAAUUACAUUGGUUAUUACUGUAAAUUAAGCAUUCUCCCUUUAUGUUUAAUGUGCAUUCUGGAUUCAAUAUACGGUAAUUCUGGCAAUGGAUUUUAAUUGUUUCCCCCUUUU